AUGAUCUCAGGGCUUCAACUCAAUGGCUACUUUAUGAAGGUCACUAUGUCGAGGAUAGAGAUUACGGCGAAAGAAGGGCACGUGGCCAUAGUUGAACUGUUGCUUCAAAAGGGCGCGAAGAUUGAAGUUCGUGAUAAGACAGACUGCACGCCGAUAUCAUGGGCAGUUAGGAUGGGGCAUGAAGCAGUUGUCAAUCUACUGAUUGAGAGGGGGGGCCAAGAUCGAUGGAGAACCCCGUCUCGUUUAUCACUACGAUCAUUUGAAUAUUGUCUCGCCAUUGGAAUGCGCUGCUAG